UUUAUGCUCCUAUAAUUUACUCAUUAAAUAUUUUUUAAUUCCUUAAUUAAUGUUUUAAGGAUAUUGAUUAUUAAAACUAUUAUUAUUAUUAUUAUUAUUAUUAUUAUUACUUCACCACCGUCCUGCCUAUAAUCCACACCUUAGUUACCAACCAAUACCCACUUUGUUUUCGUGGCUUCGUUCUAUACCAAAACCACUUUCCAAAGAAAUAUAAAACAAAGUAGAAGUAGUAGUAGUAAGUACUAUCCAUCACACCUCAGGUUUAACCAAAAGCAUGAGAAAGAGAGGGAGCCAUGAAUAUGAUGGUGAUUCUGGAAACACCAACAGCAAGAGGCACUUGUUGUUAUGGAUCUUAGCUGCGGUUAUCCUCAUUGCUCUUUGGUCCAUGUUUGCUGGCUCCGUCACCCUCAAAUGGUCCUUGAGCAACAACGAUGACUUGGAUUCUACCAUUCUUGAAGACCUCGAUGUGCUGGAAGUGGAAGAGAGAGAGAAGGUGGUGAGGCACAUGUGGGAUUUGUACAGUCACACGAACACGAAGUCCGUUGGAUUACCCAAGUUUUGGUGGGAAGCUUUUGAAGCUGCUUACCAGCAAUUGGUGAGUGAUGUCCCUGCCGUCCGAGACGCCGCCGUUUCAGAAAUUGCCAAGAUGUCUCUGCGAUCUCUUCCUAUUCAAAUUCAAUCACACUCGAGCAUCACGGCUUCAAGAAAAAUAAAGCAAGCAAAGAGUAGGACAGGACAGUGACCAAUAACUAGAAUCUUUCGUUUUGCUUGUAUACUGUUGGGCUAGCUGCUUUCACAGUGAAGCAAGCAUUCCAAAUAGUAAUUGCCUUAUAAUCUUACCUCCCAAAUGAAUAAUAAAUAUCUUCAUAGGUUUCAGGAUUGAAAGCAAAGUACUUGCGUAAUUCUUUACCAGUGCUUUAAGGGGCAGCUAUUGAUCAUAUUUUUGUGUA